AUGAAUAUCCCAGUGGUAGAUGGCAGGUUUUGUGAUGCAGUCGUAAUACCUUUAAUGUUGUCACAUUAUAUCGGCUCGCAGAAACGUGAAGCGUUGCAGGCUCAGCAUCAGCCAUUGCCGGUAGGUGGAGCUGUCGCUUCAAACGCAGUCGCUGGGUUUUCUGAUGAAAGGCGAAGCGGCUCUCCUCAGACAGUUGAGAGCUCCAAGGUAGAUACACUGCAGCGUGAACAUGCUGGCUUGAAGGGGGCGACGUGGUGGCAGUCGUAG